GGCUGAAUUUCAAUAAAAUCGGUAUAUUAUUCAACACGUAUACAAAUUCAUAUUAAAACCUUUUAGACUGCAGUCGGUGUCAAAUUACACAAGCUGAGGAAAAUACUUAACUUUCAGAAUGACUGAUAGAAAAGCUGUUAUUAAAAAUGCCGACAUGUCGGAAGAUAUGCAAGCCGACUCUAUCGAAUGCGCCACCCAAGCCCUGGAGAAAUUUAACAUUGAAAAAGACAUUGCUGCCUACAUCAAGAAAGAAUUCGAUAAAAAAUACAACCCAACAUGGCACUGUAUUGUCGGCAGAAACUUUGGAAGUUACGUGACCCACGAAACCAAACAUUUCAUAUACUUCUAUUUGGGUCAAGUCGCCAUUUUGUUGUAUAAGUCUGGUUAGAGAUGAUGAUGGAAGAAAUGCAUCUCCUGAAAUUUUGGUUCAAAAACUGCUAUCACGGUCUUUCUCUCAUAAACCUUUGAAUUUUGAAAGAAUUAUUGUUUUUGUUAAUUUUUAAAGUUUGUUUUAUUUUUGAUAAAAAAAUUCAAUAUCUUA